GGGAGCGCGAUGUGUCAGUCUGCAGGUGAGGAGAGUCAGGUGUGUGUUCUCCUUCCACUACAGAGAGGACAACAAGGAAGUUUCAUCUCUACAAGGAAGUGAGCGAGCCGAGGGGCGACCCAGCCUGGGAGGUGUCACCGGCCAGAUCCGCACUCCCAGAUUUCCCACCGGGGUCAUGGCCUGGACCGCUCAGCAAGACCAGGUCAGCCAGGAGAAGCUCCUGAUGAUCCUGAAGAAAGUCAAAAAUAAAGAGAUAGGUAUUGACGAAGCACUCAUGUUGGCCAAUGACAAUAAGGACCCGGCCGAUCGCAAAGCGCCGCCGCUGCAAAACUUCACCGUCUACAAGUACAGGUACAGGUGGCAGAAGAGGAUCUUGCAGAUUGAUUCCUACAGCGAGACAAUAUUCAACAUCGAAAAGGGCAACCUCAAGAAGCAGUUUCCAUUCUCACAGGUGAAGACCUGCGAGGACCUGGAGGGCCUGAGGUUUGUCAUCGAGUUCCACGGCCACCCAAAAUAUGAGCUUGAAGCUGCCAGCGCAGAGGACAAACACAAGAUCCUCGGGAUUAUGAAUGCAAUUCUGCAAGCACAGAGGAAUGGUAACACAUCUAUUAUAAAGUCAUUCAUCAAGAAGAACGAAUAUUCCGAUGUCAUCCUUGAUGGACUGUUGGAGCUUUAUGAUGAUCCAACCGCCAGAUGGGUGAAAUACCUGGUGCAGGUAAAGCGGGAAGAACUCGUAUUUUAUUGCUCGCAGCAGCUGGAGCCGCAGAAAAUCAGCGUCAGCCUAUCAGAAUGUUUUGUGACCGCUGGAACCCAAACUGCCUCAGCCACCUUCAGCAUAGACAGCAAGGCCAACAAGUACAUAUUUCGCAUACCUAUUAACGAACACAACAGAGACCUGGAAAAAAGCCUAACAAUGAGGGACGACUGGGUGUCCCUUCUCCAGGAACAAUGUGGGCAGAGCGGGCGGAGUCCUUCUCCCCAGAAUAACCUGUAUGAGGCUUUACACUUCCCGCGUGACCAAUUAGAGCCGCCGCCUAGCCCACAAGACUCCGCCUCCAAGGGAAAGGUGCAAAAUCCUACUGAGCCUUAUAAAGACCCAAAACCGAUUCUGAUCCUUUCGGAUGAUACAAGCCAAGUGAAGGAACCACUGAAGAACGGAAAUGGCUUUCCAGAAAGUCCAAUAUCGAUGGGACCUUCACAUUACCCCCCUCCACAUAUCCUUCCCCCGCCUUUACCUAGCCGACGCCAGAACAUGCCAAAGCGGACCAAAGCAUUUCACUGGACCGUGGUGCCGCAGGACAAGAUCAGUAAAUCUAUGUGGGCCCAGAACUUAAUUCAGAAGAAAAUCGAUGACCAGAGGAUCCUGCACCAGUUCCACAGCGGUGACGUGUCGUCCGCCCCGGAGUCAGACAUCUCAAAGAAUCAGAACAUUCUUCUCGAUAAGAAAAUUGCUCAUAAUUUUGGUAUAGUUCUAAAAAGCUUCCACUUGGAUCCCGAGCAACUGAAAGAGAAAUUGUUAAUUAUUCAAGAGCGUGAUGGCGGAUUGUCGGAUGAACAUCUGACUAAUCUCAGAAGAUAUGUCCCCACAGCAAAAGAUAUCAACAUGUAUAAAAACUACAAGGGACCUUUAUCUGAACUGCAUAUUGUGGACCAGUUCAUGCUGCAGAUGUGUAAGAUUCCUGAUUUGUGCCCAAGACUCGACACUCUGCUUACAAUACGAGAGCUACCCGGCAUUAUGAAAUAUCUGCAACCGUUACUUUUGCAGAAAGUUAAAGCAUGUAGCCAGCUGCUGAGCAGCCAAGCAUUUCCGGUGGUGCUGGCCUACGUCUUGGCGUUGGGCAACUUCUUGAACGAGAAUGCCGGCAAGGAAAAGGCCAGAGGCUUCCGGCUCUCCUCCCUCACCAAAAUGGCCCAUCUCGCUAGUAAAGAGAAGAGGUUCACCUUGAUGCAUGCCCUUGUGGAGCAGAUCCUGUUACAAGAGCCUGAUCUGGCGAAAUUUUUCCAGGAGUUGACAGAAUUUGAAGCCGUUCCUGGUGCUUCCGUCAAAGGUCUCAACGCUGAGGUAGACGUUUUAUCCCAGCAGUUGGAGACGGUAUAUCAGUACCGGAAGUCAUUUAAGGCCAAACACAACAAAGCUUCAGCGAGCGAGGAACGAUUUUUAAAAGACCUGAAGGUAUUGCCGUGCAGAAUAGUCAGUUAUUUUACAAGAGCUUACUAACG